CCCGUAUCGAUACUUAUCUUCAUCAUCAUGGCCGCUCAGAACGCUUGCAAGCAGCCAAGCAUAACUGUCUUCCGGGGAUGGAAAGAUGCCGGUAAAUAUGUGUGGUCUCCGUACGUGACCAAGCUAGAAACACGGUUACGUUUUGCAGGAGUGAAAUAUACGACGGAAGCUGGAUCCCUAAGUGUGGCACCGAAGGGCAAGAUUCCCUACAUCGAAUGCCGCGGCGUCUCUUCCAUAUCUACCCCGAUCGUGCAUGAAGAAAGUCCGGAAUCAAAAGUUCUACUAAGCGACUCUACUCUUAUCGCUAAGACUCUUGUCGGAUGGAAGAUCCUUCCAGAUCUCAAUAGCGCGCUGGAUCCUCUAGAACGUUCGCUCGAUAUGGGGUUGAUAGCUCUACUAGAGAAUAAGCUGUAUUUUUUACAGGGAUGGGAACGUUGGAUCCAAAACUACUACACAAUGAGGGAUCACGUUCUAUGGUCGAUACCUUAUCCUAUCCGUGUACUCGUAGGAUUAAUAGUCUAUCGAAAGAACGUUGCGAUGUUUCAUUCGCAAGGAACAGGCCGAUUCACAGCUGAAGAAAUCAGUGAAUCUCGACGCGAGAUUUGGGAGGGGUUGAGCGCACUACUGGCGUCACGGUCUAGUGACAAAUCUAGCGAUAACGACAAGCCAUUUUGGGUACUGGGCGGAGAACACCCGACCGAAGCUGAUACUUGUUUAUUCGGUUUCAUUGUCUCGGCCUUGAUAUGCACUGCAGGACCUAUUUCCCAGAGCGAAGUUAGAAGCUUCCCUAUUCUCUUAGAUUACGCAGGGCGUAUUCAUGAUCAUUAUUUUCCAGACUACGAGAAAUGGGCAGUAUGAUGUAGUCUACCUAGAGAGGACACGCGGGUCGGAUUGUAUGAGAAUGGGAUGAUGGAGUCAAUACCCUAUGUGUAAGGUGCAGUCCUACGCAAGCAUUUUUAAGAUUGAAUCGAACUAUUCAC